CCUCGGUCGGGCAACGUUUACCCCACUGAGACCAGAUCGGACAGGGAUGUUUCACCUGCCAAUUUCUGAUCGCAUUCGAAGCUCCCAUGUUGCGACACACCGGGCAGUGCAGAACAAAUCAAUAGAGGUGAGUUAAACAGAUCUGGGAGCCGAGUCCACUGGUUUAGCACGGGAUGGGAUUGAAUGUUUCAGAUCUUGAAGUUUCCUGAUCUGCGCUUGACAUGUCAGCGCCAGCGAAGGAGUCUAAGAAACUUGAGACGAAGCUGGGACCUACGGAUACAUCAGACAUGUCGAAGCUCUCCCCGUCCCUGAAAGCGCUCAUCAACGCGCCGUUUGCGCGACCAGGCCAGACUCCCGCGCCACAGCACAUUCGCGAUGUCUACACGCGCAUCGCCCGUGAGGCGAGAGAGCGCAAGUAUGGCGAUCGCCCAUGGGUGACGCUCUCCGCAGCAGCUACAUUCACCCUCAAUUCCCCCGCCUCCCUCCUCAUCCUGCACGAUCUCGCCUCCUCCUCUUCCUCCAAACAAUCCACAGUCGGCAGCAGCACCACCACCAGCAAAACAACAACCCUCACCGCGCUAUCCACAGCCGAACUGAUCCGCGAGAUCGGCCUGAAGUGCAUCUCCUUCAACGGUAUCCCGCGCACAAUCAACUGCCUAGGCGCCUUCAGAGCCGGCCUGGCCCAGCACGCCUGGUCGUCCCAGCUCUCCACCACGCCUACCCGGGCCCUCACGCCCGAGAACUUAUCCGGUGUCGCGCACCGGGGCAGGGCAUUGUGGAAGAGCAUCUACACGCCGCUCGACGAGAAGCUCGAGGCGAGGUUGGCCGACAGCCAUCCCGACUUGCCCGUCCAUAUCCUGGGGAGUCACUACGGGCCUCUGUUGGCUGAUCCUCCUUUUCCUCCUCCUUCUUCUUCUUCUUUGGAGGGAGGAAAACAGGAUACGGAGGGGAGAAGAAGGGGUGGUGGGUUGGCGAGCGUGGGGAGGAAUCUGACGAGCGUGGUGGCGAUUGCGUGUUUGAGGGCGCAGACGGGGGUCGGGCCGCAGGUGCUGUCGCAUGUUUUCGGGUUGCGGAAGGGGGUUGAGCAGGGGUUGCAUUGGGAGGAGUUCGGUGGUGAGGCUGAGGAUGGGAAGGAGGAGGCUGAGGGGGUGGAGAGGUUGGCUGGGGAUGAGGGGUGUGAGUGGUUGUUGCGGAGCGUGGAUGCUAUUGCUGAGGCGAUUGGCGUUGGGUUUGCGAGGUGGGAAGGGGAUCAUGGGGAAAGGGAAGGGGUCAAGGCGAAGUUGUAGGACAUAUUGGUGUACAUACCUGGUAAUGAGGGUAGGCGAACGGAUCCCAUGUGCACAGCGAUUGUUGAUAGAUAUAUACGGGCUUCACUGAAGAGCAUAUUUCUCAAAUAUAUGCGGGCACGCUGAUGCGAGAAAUACA